AUGAUCACGACCCUGGGCUCCCUGUUGCUGGUCACAUUGCCGCUGGACGCGACUGGCGCGCUGCUCUUUGCGCUGUAUAUCCUACCCGCGGUCGGCGGAGGGUAUGCCGUGCUCAUGGAUCUCCAGAUCGCGAAUAUCGCAGGCUACACGAAGCGCUCGAUUGCGUCUUCGGGUCUGUAUAUCGGAUACUGUCUCGGGAACUUCGUCGGUCCGCUCAUCUUCUUCGAGAGAGACGCACCCCGCUACGUCCCCGGGUUCGUCAUCGUGGUCGUCACUUCUUUUGUAGCUCCUGCUUUGGUCCUCGUGUACCGGUUCGUCUGCAUCUGGGAUAACCGCAGACGAGACAAGGCUGGUAUCGCAGAGCGAUUCGAGAAUGCGUACCAGGAUGAUUUCACUGACAAGACGAACCCUCAAUUCCGGUAUAUCUUGUAA